AUGCGUGAGUUUUCUGCGCCGCUCUCAAGCCUCUCCAGCUUCUUGCUGACACAGACAAUACAGUGCUCUACUCUCGCCGCCGUCCCUCAACUUAAGGGAAAGAUCUAUGUCCCCGGAAGCGACGCAUACGACGCCCGCUUGAAGACCUACUAUUCAGCGAAUGCAGCCCUCGAACCUUGGUGCAUGGUUCUCCCCGAGACUACACAGGACGUUUCCAAGAUAGCCCAGGUCAUUUCCAACAAGAAAUGUCCGUUUGGCAUACGCAGUGGUGCACACUCUGCAUGGAAGGGCUCCAACGGAGUUGAAAAUGGUAUCACCAUUGAUUUCAGUUACAUGAACGCUACCACCUACGACUCGAAAAAGAAGAUUGCAUCGAUCCAACCCGGCUCUAAUUGGGGUCGUGUUUACGAGGCGCUCAACGAACACGGCGUCGCGGCUGUUGGCGGCCGUGCUUCUGUUGUUGGUGUCGGUGGUUUCACCACUGGAGGAGGAUACUCAUUCCAUUCAAACGCUCGUGGCUUUGCUUGCGAUGUUGUUGCCAACUUUGAGGUGGUUCUCUCCGACGGUCGAAUUGUCAACGCCAACAAGAACCAGCACCCUGAUUUGUGGAAAGCCCUGAAGGGUGGCUCUGGAAACCUGGGGUUUGUGACUCGAGUCGACCAAUGCAACGCUAACCAGAACCGUUCGGCAGACGUUGUUGACUCCAACAAGCUUUGGGGAGGCUUUGUUAGCUUCGACCUGUCGCAACGCGAUCGUGUGUUCGAGUCAUACAUCGACUUUGCCGAAAACAUGCAUCUUGACCCUGCCUCUCAGCUGAUCGUUUCGGUCCAGUACAACGGAAAAGAGCGCAUCUUGAUCUCGGUUGUCUCCAACUCUGACGCCAUUCCUGCUGCCCCGGCUUUUGACGACUUUCUCUCCCUCCCAAAUGUUUCCAACACACUGACCACCGGCAAGAUUGCGGACCUUGUGCCUCAGUUCACGGGUCCUACACCCUUGGGCCUUUAUGCCAACUGGAUGACUGGCAUGGCCACUAAUGAUAUCCGGGUCAUGAAGUUUGUAGAUGAGAAACAUGCCGAGUAUGUCGAGAAGAUGAAGGCAGUAGCCCCAGGCUCCGACUUCAGCGUUCUUGUCCAGUUCCAGCCGUUCACUGAGUCCAUGGUGGCUCACUCCCGCAAGGCGGGUGGUAAUGUUCUCGGUCUUGAGGAUGUCGUCGCCGAUGGUCCUGCUCUCAACUGGCUCAUUGCCGUCACUGUUGACACAGCUGAGAACCAGAAGAAGAUCGCCCCUUUGACACUCGAGUAUAGGAAUGCCAUCAACAAAUAUGCCACCAGCAUUAGCGCGAACAAGAACUGGGAGUACCUCAACUAUGCUCUAGGCGACCAGGAUCCAAUCAAACACUAUGGAACUGAGUCCGUCCGAUAUCUACAGGCCGCCUCUAAGAAGUAUGAUCCCCAACAAGUGUUCCAGAAGCUGAGAGCCUCUGGGUUCAAGAUUCCUGGCAGAGGUUAG